GCGCAACGCACGCACGCGCGCGCGCUCUGUACAAACAGACGUUGCUGGCAGAAUACGGAACUGCGACUCGGCUGGCGAAACGCGCAAACACCGACAUUAAUGCUGCUGUUCGGACCGCUUCCCUGUUAGUCUGGCCAUGUUCACAAGAUGGAUAUGACGCCGCUUUCAGUACUGCGCCAGUGGCUGAGACUCCUCUGUCUGCAAUUCAAAUAAGCGCACACACACACACCGUACGUCCCCUCCCUCCCUCCCUUCCUCCGGCCGCGUUCAGUUCCUCGCCCUCGGUAUCGGAUAUCUCAAUGGCGGACACGGCGGAACCAGCCCGGCGGAGUGUAGACGAGGAGACGGCAGAGCGUAUCGACGACGCGGAAUUGGCACUGAAAGGGAUCAAUAUGCUCCUCAACAAUGGAUUCAAGGAGAGCGACGAGCUCUUCAGGACAUACAGGAAUCACAGUCCUUUGAUGAGUUUUGGGGCCAGUUUUGUCAGUUUUCUGAAUGCCAUGAUGACGUUUGAGGAGGAGAAAAUGCAGAUGGCCUUUGAGGACCUGAAGGCCACAGAGAGACUGUGUGAGAGUGAAAGCACUGGUGUCAUUGAAACAAUCAAAAACAAGAUCAAGAGGAGUAUGGACUCCCAGAGGUCAGGGGUGGCUGCAGUGGACCAUCUCCAGAGGCAAAUUAUCAUAGCAGAUUGCCAGGUUUACCUUGCAGUGCUGUCUUUCAUCAAACAAGAACUGUCAGCAUACAUUAAAGGAGGCUGGAUCCUCCGUAAAGCCUGGAAGAUGUACAACAAGUGUUACAGUGACAUCACUCAGCUCCAGGAGGGCAGCAGACGGAGGGCCUCUGAACAACGGGGGGCACCAUCCCCAGCUCUGUCCUCCUCUGACCAGUCCAACCACAACCACACAACUCCGCCUGGGCCAAGCCCCUCCAAGUGUUCGGACAGGAUCAGCCCCGAGGCUCUGGAUAGGCUAAAGGGCUCGGUCAGCUUUGGUUACGGCCUCUUCCACCUCUGUAUUUCCAUGGUGCCACCGCACCUACUGAAGAUUGUCAACCUGUUGGGCUUCCCGGGUGACCGUCUGCAAGGCCUGUCAGCUCUCACGUGUGCCAGUGAAAGUAAGGACAUGAAGGCCCCCUUAGCUACGUUGGCCCUCUUGUGGUACCACACAGUGGUGCAGCCUUUCUUUGCUCUGGAUGGCACAGACACACAGGCAGGGCUGAUGGAGGCCAAAUCCAUCCUUCAACAGAGGGAGGCUGUCUAUCCAAACUCCUCCCUCUUCAUGUUUUUUAAAGGCCGAGUACAGCGCCUCGAGUGCCAGAUCAACAGUGCCUUGACGUCCUUCAAUGAUGCCUUAGAACUGGCCACUGAUCAGAGGGAGAUUCAGCAUGUGUGCUUGUAUGAAAUAGGUUGGUGCAGUAUGAUUGAGUUGAGCUUCAGAGACGCCUACAGGGCUUUUGAGCGACUGAAGACCGAGUCUCGCUGGUCUCAGUGCUACUAUGCCUAUUUAACAGGAGUGUGCCAAGGAGCCACAGGUGACCUACAGGGGGCUGCAGCUGUCUUCAAGGACGUCCAGAAACUUUUCAAACGCAAAAAUAAUCAGAUAGAGCUGUUCUCUAUGAAGAGGGCUGAGAAGCUGAGGAAUCCAAGUCCAUCCAAGGAGCUGUGUAUCCUGGCUGUGAUUGAGGUUCUUUACCUGUGGAAAGCGCUGCCCAACUGUUCCACCUCCAAACUGCAGACCAUGACGCAAGUACUGCAGGGAAUUGAUGAUGCCUCAUGUGCUGGUCUGAAAAACCUGCUGCUUGGUGCCAUAAACAAAUGUCUUCACAACACCAAAGAUGCCAUACAGCAUUUCCAUUUGGCUGCAAGAGAUGAGGUGGGCCGUCUGAGCAACUCCUAUGUGCAGCCCUACUCCUGCUACGAACUGGGUUGUGUAUUAUUGGACAUUCCAGAGUCUGCAGGAAAAGGUCAGGCCCUGCUGCUUCAGGCCAAGGAUGACUAUGCUGGCUACGACUUUGAGAACAGGCUACACGUUCGUAUUCAUUCUGCUCUCGCCUCUAUGAGGGACACGGCCCAGCCUUGACCAAGCUUUACACUCACCUCAAAGCAGGAAAAUCUCUUUGGAAAAGCCACAACAGCAUCUUGGACACUGAUGUUUCCUUUAUGUUUUGUUUCAUUUGAUUCAUUUUUAUUUUUCAUGUACCGAGCCAACGUAUCAUUUCCAAAUGUGUAUGUAGGUGUUUUCAUGGAAAAACGGUUACAAGUUUAGAGGUAAGGUCUAGCCGGGUCAUGUAAGGAAAUGUUACCUGUCAAGCACUUGCUGGAAAAGCAAUUACAAGUAAUGACAGCCUAUGACUUUGAGAGUGACAAUCUAUUCACCUGUGUUGAUCAGUGACACAGGGACUUUUGACUGUAAAGGCUUACCUUGUGAGUACUAACCACUGUAACUUUUUUAACUUAUUGUAGCACGUGUUUUUAAAGCAGAAAUGUAUUUAUAUCAGUGUAAAUAUGCCUUUGCACAGGGAUUUUAAUAGGUGUGCCAACAUGUUGUCCUGUCACUUUAGAGUGGCCUAGCUGCACAGUGCUACUCUCAUCUGCUGUAAACUAGUUCCUCUUGAUUUAGUGUUUACAUUUUAAGCUAAUAAAUAUCUUUAACCUAUGAAAC